AUGCUCUCGGAAAGGUCUCAGAAUGGAACCCAAAUCGUACCCAACUUCUCACCGAUCAAUCUACUCGAGGAAACAGUAAAUAGGAAGUAUCAGUUAGAAAAGAUACUAUUUGCAUAUCACAAUCUUCACCGUCUCAGUAAGCGAUUCUCAAUGGUUGCACACACGGCUUUCCAUUCAAAAGAUCCUCUUGUGCUAUGGAAUUAUGAGAAUGACAUGAUUCUAAAAGAUUCUGAGGUUGACGAGCUUAUGAAUGGAGACUGUAUGCAGUAUAAAAACUAUGAUGACCAAUCGGGUGGUCAAUACCAAAAACAUUACAACGGGAGCAACCUAGUCAACACAUUGGACGCACCGUGCCAGCCGCUUCCAUUUCCGCCUGAUUUUUCACUUCCGCCACCGCCGUUAGGACAACCAAUGCAUCCAGGGAGUUUCAUUCCAACGCCAGAAACAUGCACUCCACCGCAGUUUGUAUGUCAGGAGAUGCCUCCUCCACCAUCGUUUCCACCUCCAAUAAUGGGUCUGCCGAUGCCAUCCGAGUGCAUUCAACCAGGUCAGCAAUGUCCAAUCUUCACGGAGUCACCUCCAAACUUUAUGGAACCACCACCUAUGGUUCCAAUUGCUCCGUUUCCUCUUGUGACACCACCACCGCCACCACCACAAUAUCAAGCACAUUGUUAUCCAAAUCCAGUGUUCAAUCAGAAUGAUGCUCCGUGUGUACCGUCAUUGGGCAUUUUUGCUCCUCCUCCAGGAUAUGUUGCUGCAUCAUACAUGCCACCAAACUACAGUCAACCCCCUCCAGAAGUUAUAGAUCCAAACCACCCAGAUAUUGUGUAUGAUAUGAAUGGAUUCGCUUUUCGCCGGGUGGUUAUCACAACAACUUGUCUUGUACCAAUUGCCCAGUGCUCAACAUCCACCGAUUCUGGUUACUCAGGCACUUCUGAGCAGUGUGAUUUUGGUGGAUCUGUGUCGACCGAUUGUGUUGUGGAGGAAUAUGACGGAAAUUGCACCAUAGAAGUAUGCUGUGAGAAUAGCCAAGAGUAUAUUGCAACUUGCUACGCCGAUAGUGAGGAUCCGACACUUGUGACAGAACAAAUUGAUCCUGAAGCGAACAUCAAAAUCGAUAGCUCAUCUACACCAUCUGAAUCCACAUUGACCGCUGCAGAGAUUGUUGAACAGGAUAGUAGUGAGGAGCAAGUAAUGCAGAUUCCGAAAAUUGCGAUGGAUGUUUAUGAUGUGGUUGACUGCCCGGAAACACGUGUUGUGGAUGAGAAACAAUGCUGCUCCUCUACUGAAACAAUAGAUAACGUCAUCGACCAAGUGGCAUCGACCAUUGAGGAGAUUGCUCCGUUAGCCGAAGAAAUCGCGGUUGAUGAAAACGCCACUAAAACAACAUCCGCAACGUCUUCAUCCCGUGUGAAAAAGCUCACAAGAAAGGAGAAGCGUCUGCGACAAGAACAAAAGAAAAGAGAAAUGGAAACGGAUGACGUUAUUCUGGAACGAGCAAUUAAGCAGAAGAGAGAUUUAUUGGCAGAAGCAGAAAAAGCAGAAAAAGCAGAAAAAGAAGCCGCUGAAGCAGCUGAACUUCUAGCCAAGUCUAAUAAGAAUAAGAAAAGCAAAAUAAACAACAAAGUGAUUGUGGAAAAAGUUUCGGUCGCACCUCCACCGCCGCCAAAAGUGAAUCCACAAAUCCUACAUGCUGUCAGGAUGGCAAUAGAUGUCCGAUCCAAACAAGUCAUGCAAGCAGGACGUCCAAUUAUUCAUGAUGAUCCCCUUACUACUGAAUUCUUCAUUAGAAUUAAAGUUUUCGAGAGAAGCGUAAAUCCGGACUCUUCAGAUAGCUUGUCUCUAGUCAAGAAGUUCAUUCAAGAACGUAUUGAUGCAUUCAAGCAGAUGCCACCACCUCAAAGUAUGUCUCGCAUCACUAUCUACGAACAAUUAUUUGUGCAUCUUCCGCCGAAUUUGAUCAUCGAACUGCUCUUUUUGAACUAUUUAUUGGCGGAGAAGAACGAAUUAUUCAGAAAGUUCGAAGAAGCAUUCAUUAACCUAUUUUAA